GAAUGUCUUGUGGACAAUGUGUCCAGAAUUGAGAAUAAUGUGAAAGUACGAGUGCUCCUACGGAAAAACCGAUAAGAAUGUAUAAUUAGGGCGGGCGAUUAAUCAAAUUUGUUAAAACCCUCUUUAUCCCCACAAACUCCCCAUAGAUGAAGAUCAAAAGCCAACGAGAAAAUAACAGAUCGAGGAGGUUUUGCGCUGAAUCUGGAGACGAAUCCAAACAUAGCCUACUCGUUAUUCUUCUUCUUCUAUCAACAACUGGUCUCUCAUGGCGGAUCUCUACGGAACUGCUUUUCCUUCACAUCCCAACCCCGAAGAAUUCUCCUCUUUCCUCCACCAACUUCUCCACAAUUCCUCUUCAUCUUCUUCUUCUGCCUUGCCUUUCAAUACUAAACUCGUUCACUCAUUAUCUACUCCACGGAAGCUACCCGAGGCCGGAGAUUUGGUGGAUCAUCUUCGGUUCAGGGUUGCGGCCAACCGUUUGGAGUCAGACGGAUCGGUUAUUCACUCUUCCGCCUGUGUAAAUAAUUUUCUUGGAGCCGUGCCUGUUGGAGUUGUGGAUUCUGAUGCAAACGCCACCUCGGAAAGGAAAGCGGUGUCGAUGGAGAAUAGUAUUGGCGAUUUAAGUUGCGACAGCGAGAAGGGCCCUGAUGCGACAGAGGGGCCAUCCAAGCUUCGGAACUCAUCGAAGAGGAGCAGGGCUUCAGAUUUUCAUAAUUUAUCUGAAAAGAGGAGGAGGAGUAGAAUUAAUGAGAAAAUGAGAGCCCUUCAGAACCUGAUCCCAAAUUCUAACAAGACGGAUAAGGCUUCGAUGCUGGAUGAGGCAAUUGAAUAUCUGAAGCAGCUUCAGCUACAAGUGCAGAUGCUAUCAAUGAGAAAUGGACCGAGUUUGCACCCUAUGUGCUUGCCUGGAGUAUCACAGCAUUUGCACGGGUCUACAGUUGGAACUGGCUUUGAUGAAGGAAUUGGAUUGUUGAAUACCAAUGUAUUAGAUGGCACAUUUUCUGUAAAUGAAAGCUUUAUGCGAACAGCCCUUGGCCUUCCCAGCCAAUGCGCAAAUCCACAUCCCUCUACUCUUAUAUCGUCAGUGACCCAUAUCCCCCCUUCAGAAACAGUUUUUGAGUGAACAAUGCAUGCACAUUAUGUUCUCGUCAAUCUCUCCAUGUCUUCCAAGGAAUCUGCAGGGAAGGCAUCCAAAUCCAGAUAGAUUCGGCUCACAAUGGGAAGAACUCUUCAUCUGGUGUCGUGUAGUUAAGACUGUAUUUCGGGGAUAGGAUGUUUGAAAUUUCAGCCACCAUAGCCAACAUUUUUGUAAGUUGCGAAAAGGAUAGCAUAAUUUGGGAGGCAGAUCAAUGAAAUUCGUUUAGACAGUUCAUCACA